GGCGCCGGCCGGGACAAGGACGCGGCCCGGCGCGCGCCCCCCUUCUCCUCGCCGCCUCGCUGGCCCUCUCGAGAGGUCCUCUUUCUCGCGGCGCGAUGUCAGCACGGGAGGCAAGAGGCAGCCCACACGGCAUUUCCAGCCGCCAGGGCCGGGCCUGCGGUCGGGGUCGUGUGGGGGUCCGGGUGCGGGUCGCGGUCCGCUUUGUUGGAUGAUGCGGUCGUUUGGCUGUCGGGUCAGAUGGGGCACACGUACUGGGCACCGGUGGUGGGCAGGGCCUCGAGGGCGGGGUCGGCGUCAGCAGGCAGCCAGAGAGGAGUCGGGCGCUGGGGAGGCCGCCGCCAUCCUCCUUCCAUAGUGGUGAGUAUCCCGCCUGUCACGCGGGAGUCCGGGGUUCGAUUCUCCCACGGGGAGGAAAGACGCCCAUUUUUGGUUGCUGGCGCCGCUCUGCGUCCGGCCGCUUGCCCAGGAGCGCCCUUCUUCUCCCACCCCCGCCCUUCAGCCAGGCGCAGGCCCCCAACCCGUGCCCUGCCUGCCCACCGGGACACCUCCCCGAGGCCUCCUCAUUGUCCGGCGCUGGUUCCGCACGGACGAACCAAGGCUUCCUCUGCUCCCCGCAGCACCCGACGAGCGGCCCGCCCCAAGCGGCUGGCGUACGGGGCUCCCUGCGACGCGACGCGCGCUGCACAGCUGCCGGGACGGGCGGCGGGUGGGUCCCCUCUCGGUGCGCGAAGUUGCCUCGCCGUGCAGCCUGUGGAGAAGGGCUGGGGCGAGGUGGCCGGUGGAGGGCGUGCGCCUGGCCGGCGGUUUGGCGGGGCGGUCGGCGUCGGAAUGGCGGUCGCUUGGUGGAGUGGCAGCGAGGGCGCCCCCCAGAGGCGGUCGGUCCCGGCGGACGAGGGCUGCCGCGUCGGGCGCGGCGCUGGCGCUGGCGCGGGGCGGCGGUUGGUGGCGCCGGUGGCAGCGCCGCGCUGUGGGCGGGCGGGGCGUCGGAGCAGGGCUGCGCCAGGGGGCGGCCUUGGCGGCGGCGGAGGCUGCGGCGGCGGGACGGCUGUGGCGCGAGCCCCGGGCCGGCGUCUCGGGGCAGGCCGGGCUGUGCGGCGUUGGUGGUAUAGUGUUCCUCUCCAAAACGCCACUGGACUCAGGCCCAGUUCUGGGAUGACUGUGGAGAUCCCGAUGUUUCCAAAUGUACAUCCUGGUAACCUGUGGCUGCUUCAACCACUGACCGUUUUGCUGCUGCUGGCCUCUGCACACACAGGAGCUGGUCUCCCGAAGGCUGUGGUGAGCCUUGAGCCCCCAUGGAUCAACGUGCUGCAGGAUGAUUAUGUGACUCUGAAGUGCCAGGGGGCCCAUACCCUUGAAGACCACCCCACUCAGUGGUUCCAUAAUGGGAGCCCCAUCCCGACCCAGGUCCAGCCCAGCUACAGCUUUAAGGCCCAAAACAACAACAGUGGAGACUACAGGUGCCAGACGGGCCACACGAGCCUCAGUGACCCUGCGCAUCUGGAUGUGAUUUCCGACUGGUUGCUGCUCCAGACCCCUCGCCUGGUGUUCCAAGAGGGGGAGCCCAUCCACCUGAGGUGCCACAGCUGGAGAAGCAACCCUCUGUACAAGGUCGUAUUUUUCCAGAAUGGAAAAUCCAAGAAGUUUUCCCCUGUCAAUUCCAGCUUAUUGAUCCUAGGAGCGAGCCUCAGUCACAGUGGCGAGUACCACUGCACAGGAUUUAUAGGGCAGAUGCUGCGCUCCUCACAGCCUGUGAACAUCACUGUCCAAGGUCUGGCAACUGUAUUCGUCUUUCUACAUUGGUUUCAAAUCGCUUUCUGCCUGGUGAUGGGACUCCUGUUUGCAGUGGAUACAGGGCUGUAUGUUUCUGUGCAGAGAGACCUUCCAAGAUCAGUGGGAGACUGGAGGAAUUGCAAAGAGAGAUGGAGCCAGGGCUCUGAAAACAAAUGAGGUCUGGGCCAAGGAGAUUCCAACCACCCUUGUGACCGGUGAUCUUCAGAGCUAGAUGUCAACAGGCCCCACCUUCGCUGAGCUCCUGAGGAUCAAGGCACAGUCACAGCCCACCUAGCUUGACAAGGACUAUUGCUGUGGCAGAUGUGUUUUCAUAGCCCUUAGACAGAGGCUCCCCAAAUCUAGAAAAACUCAGUAAAUCCUGCCUCUCCUUUCAAUCAAUACAGCAAUCUGACCGCUUCUCAGGACUGUGCUACCAGCACCUCGGUCCAAUCCACCAUCAUGUCUCACUUGGGUUACUGCAGUAGCUUCCUGAUGGGUCUCCCUACACUCACCCUGCCACCCUACAGUCGAUUCUCACCACAACGGCCAAAGUGAUCUUUUAAAAAUGUGUGUUUUCUCUUUUUUAAAAUGUUAUUUAUUUAUUUUUUUUUUUGAGGAAGAUUAGCUGUGAGCUAACCACUGCCAGU